AGGGCCGGGUCCGGACCUCUCGAACCCGGUGGAGCGGGGGGCCACCCGACCCUCGGCGCUCUGCGGAACCCUGAUAACGGCUUGGCAACGACGAAAGACUUCCCUUUUCCACUUGCUCAGGCCUGCGAGCAGCUCCGGCGCUCACCAUGGGUAUCUCCAGAGAUUCCACCCACAAGAGGCGGGCGACUGGAGGUAAGAAGAAGUCAUGGCGCAAGAAGCGUAAGUAUGAGUUGGGAAGGCAGGGUGCUAUGACCAAGCUGUCUAGCAACAAGACAGUGAGGCGUAUCAGAGUACGUGGAGGGAACUCCAAGUUCCGGGCGCUUCGUCUGGAUACUGGGAACUUUUCGUGGGGAUCUGAGGCCGUUACCCGCAAGACGAGAGUUUUGGAUGUGGUUUACAACGCGUCCAACAAUGAGCUCGUCCGUACUCAGACCUUGGUGAAGAAUGCCAUCAUCCAGGUCGAUGCUGCCCCCUUCCGUACCUGGUACAGCCAGCACUACGGCGUCGAAAUUGGCAAGAAGAAGAAGGCCGCGGCCAAGAAGGACGAGGAAGCUGAGGCUACCGAGGAACAGACGAAGCAGAGCGGUCACGUGUUGAGGAAGAUCGCCAAGAGAGUAGAAGGACAGAAGCUUGAUUCUCACUUAGAGGACCAGUUCGCCAGCGGCAGGCUGCUUGCUUGCAUCGCUUCUCGACCUGGGCAAUGUGGCCGAGCUGAUGGAUACAUUCUGGAAGGCAAGGAGCUCGAGUUCUACCAGAAGAAGAUUCAGAAAAAGAAAGGCAAGGGUGCCGCUGCUUAGGUUCACUAAGUACAGCAAUCAUAUUGUGGCCCUUGGUGUUGCAGGGAUCGAAUGACAGGCAGUUGUCAGGAUUUAUUUUUCUGCUGUAUAGGCCAUCUUGUUAUGGAGUUCACGUCUACAUGAUCUCAGACCACAUGGUUGUGAAUUGUGAAGAGGGAUUCCAAUUUGCUUUCUUAAUAGAAUCUCCUACUGAGUGCCCCUGAUGCUCCUGUA